CGCAGAGCUCGCAGGCUGGAUUUAAUCGAAGCCGGGAAACGACCUCGGGAGGGAUUACGGUCGAGUGAGCACUGCAGUUAUGUCACAGCCAGCCCCAGUGAAAAAGAAGCGUCCUCCAGUGAAGGAAGAAGAUCUCAAAGGAGCCAGAGGAAACCUUUCCAAAAACCAGGAAAUUAAAUCCAAAACCUACCAAGUGAUGAAGCAGUGUGAACAAAUGGGCUCUGCAGCACCCUCCAUAUUCAGCCGGGAUCGGACGGGGGCUGAAACGGUCUUUGAGAAACCUAAAGAGCAGCCGGCCAAGAGUGUCUUUGGCUGACGACGGAGCUGGAUGUGUCUCGCCCAGAUGAUUGCUGUAAUGUUUUCCCAGAUAGCUGCCCCUUACACUAAACUCACUGUAGACCUAAAUAGCUAAUUUCUACUGUAAGUCAUUAAGUAGGGAAUAGACUCAU